AUGGCUGAGCAUAGCUCCAUGCAAGAAGCUGGUGCCCUUCCAGCAUUCAAUGAAGACACUUCCUCAAAAUCUCUGAAUGACGGAGCUGCUGCUCAAGUGUUGCCAGGAAUCACUGCCGCCCCACAGAUCAACGCCGUUUCAGCCCCAAACCGCGAGCCAGACACAUAUGCGAGACUGGUAUCCGCCUUCUCUUCUUUCCUUGCUGUGUGUAUGCACCAGAUCCUCUAUCUGCGUGCUGUAUAUCCACAAAAUGCCUUUCUUCCUGUCCGCCAGUAUAAUCAUGCGGUCAGGCAGUCACGCCAUCCCAGGGUCUGUACUUGGAUUAAUGAUGCUUGUAACUCUGUGGAGGCUGAGCUUUUGAAAUGCACUACCGCCACCGUGUCCUUUGUCAUUCUCUCCUCUGCAACAAAUAGUCCGCUGGAACGCUUCAAUUUUGAUGUCUCUCAAAUGCCACGAGUAUCCCCAGCCGAUAUUCAUACUCAAUUUGCCAGCUCUGUCCAGAUUGCUCCAGACAACAAUGAAGCUUUGCACCAGGCAGCAACCACCCUUUCCACAUCCACCAUUAAUAUGGAAGCUCAAUUCCGGGCCGUCGUCGCAAGACUUUCCUCUGCAUGUGCAAGAUUGACACCGUUACCAGAAACCGAAGACUUCUACCCUUCCCUCUUCAUCACACUUCGCGAAGACGCAGAUGCCCCCGUUGGAGUCACAAACGAAGAAUUGAUGUGGAUUCCGGCAGAAUCAGACUCCCCCACCAACCCGCCUGUUCACGACGUCGGCAAUCAAUUUUCUCAAAGAAAUUCCGCUGCAGCUGGCGGUGCUCCAGGUGGCAAGAAUGAGCCAGCGAAAGCAGCCCCUGGCGUCUCCGAUGCCAGCACCCUCGAUGCUAUCAGAACAUCUGCCCAGUUACGGCCGCAGACGGUGCCCAUUCGACGAGUCGAUGCUGGGGAAAUGAAAAUGGAGGUUUGGGUCGAAGAGGCGCUUGGAAAAUUUGAUACCUUGAAUGCUCUCUUUUCAAAAUAA